AUGCGUCCAUUUAUAGCCAUUGUUCUAAUCUUCGCUUCGAUCCAAAGUUUAGACUGCCUCACUGGUGCUUCUAAUUCACGCCUAAACUAUUUUGACAUCGACCUCCUUCGAUAUGUCGCUGAAGGCAAGAGUGGGAACGUGAUGGUGUCUCCAGCCAGUAUCAAGUCCACAUUGGCGAUGUUACUGGAAGGUGCCCAGGGAGCAACGGCUGCAGAGAUACAGACUGCACUAAGACUGAUACCUAAUAAGGACGAUUAUAGAGAACAAUUGAGUGAAUUCAUGAGGGAUUUAGAGAUAAACUCAUCAGGUGUGACGGUAAACAAUGCAAAUGGACUGUUCGUGGCAAAGCAAUUGCAGCUGAAGAAAGAAUACGAGAUGUUAGCGAAACGUGUGUACUUCUCUGAAGUAAACAAAUUAGAUUUCAAUGACCCGCGGACUGCCGCCGAUGUGAUCAAUGGUUGGGUCAACAGCAAAACUAGAGGCUUGAUACCAUCUAUUUUAGAUCAAGCUCACAUCAAUCCUAAGACAGAGUUGUUGUUGACAAACGCCCUCUACUUCAAGGGUAUUUGGCUCAACGAAUUUGACCUCAAGCAAACCCAUGGAGACUGUUUCUAUAGGAAUAGUGUUUGUAAGACAGUCGCCAUGAUGAAUUUGGAAGCAGAAUUAAACUAUGCCUAUGUGGAUAACCUCAGAGCUCAUGCUUUGGAACUGCCUUAUCAGAAUAAGCGUUAUUCAAUGAUGAUCCUCGUGCCUCAAGAUCGUGAUGCUGGACUGGCCCUCAUCCGCGACCUUCCCUACAUCGGAUUGCUGCAAAUAUCCAAGAUCUUGGAGCCCACUGACGUCGUUCUCACGAUGCCUAAAUUUACUGUUGAGUAUGGUGACGAUAUGGUGGCACCUUUGAAGAAUAUGGGCAUAUCGACCCUGUUUUCUCCUGCUGCAAACCUGUCAGGCAUCAUUAAUGGCGCAGAAGUUCAUUUGAACACCAUCUUUCACAAGGUCUACAUGGCUGUUGAUGAAAAGGGAACUACCGCUGCAGCAGCAACUGCUGGGCUCGUGGUACCUCUGAUUAACAAUUUUGUACAACUUCGUGUUGAUAGACCGUUCCUCUUCUUCAUUUGGGACAAUGAGAAAGGUGUCGUCCUUUUUGAGGGAAAGGUUGAAGAGCCCACGGAGUUUGUUGCUCUUAAUAAUAAAUACGGUCAGCCUCAAAACACCCCAGUUCCAGUUCCCGCUCCCGCUCCCGCUCCCGCUCCCGUUCCCGUUCCAAACCAGGUUAUUCCAAAUGCUCCUCCAAAGACCAACCAGCAAAAUUUAAGACCAAUCGAACAAAUUCUAAUCCAGCCAAUGAUAGAUCAACUCAUGUAUAGCCACCCUCCUCAGCCAUCAAACCAACUGAUUCAACCACCAAACCAACCACUUCAAUCAUCAGACCCACAGAUUAAACCAGAAAACCAACCAAUUCAAUCAGCAAAUUUACCGAUCCAGCCAGUAAACCAGCCAAAUCAGCCAUCAAGUCAUCCAACACAGCCUACGAGUCAACCGACUACCGAACAUGCCACGACGACAUACAAUCCUCCGUCAAGAAAAAGUCAGACAAACUGGUUCCAAAAAGUUUCCAGUUAUUUUGGUUGA